GCUGAUUUUCCAUGCUCAGAUCGGCCAGUUGGUGUUCAAGGGAAUGAAGCGUCUGAACAGGAUCCAGUCUAUAGUGUUUGAGACGGCGUACAACACCAAUGAAAACCUUCUGAUCUGCGCUCCAACCGGUGCUGGCAAGACCAACAUCGCCAUGCUGACUGUCCUGCAUGAGAUACGUCAGCACCUGCAACCUCAUGGCGUCAUCAACAGGGAGGAAUUCAAGAUAGUAUAUGUGGCUCCAAUGAAAGCCUUGGCUGCUGAGAUGACUAAUUACUUCAGUAAGCGACUGGAACCGCUUGGCAUCACUGUUAAAGAACUCACUGGAGACAUGCAGUUAACCAAAGGAGAGAUCCUUCGAACACAGAUGUUGGUGACAACUCCAGAGAAGUGGGAUGUUGUGACCAGGAAAAGUGUUGGAGAUGUGGCUCUCUCUCAAAUUGUACGUCUCCUGAUCCUGGAUGAAGUUCAUCUUCUACAUGAAGAUCGAGGACCAGUACUAGAAAGCCUGGUGGCAAGGACAAUCAGACAGGUGGAGUCUACACAGAGCAUGAUCCGGAUCCUGGGACUGUCAGCCACCUUGCCAAACUACCUGGAUGUGGCCGCCUUCCUGCAUGUCAACCCCUACAUUGGCCUGUUUUUCUUUGACAGCCGCUUCAGACCUGUGCCUCUUGGACAAACCUUUGUCGGCAUCAAAACCACCAACAAGAUCCAGCAGAUGCAUGACAUGGAAGAGGUGUGUUAUAACAAAGUUCUGGACCAGAUUAAAGCCGGUCAUCAGGUCAUGGUGUUUGUUCAUGCUCGCAACGCCACAGUGAGGACAGCCUUUGGGUUGAUAGAGAUGGCCAAAAACCGAGGAGAAAUCUGCUUCUUUCAGCCAGACCAGGGUCCGGACUAUGGCCAGUGUGAGAAACAGGUAAAAAAAAAAAGGCCACUGUUUUGUGUAAGAGAAACAUGUCAGGUUAGUUUGGGCUUCAGGCAAGAAAAUGAUUCUGUCAGAUUUGGUCCAGUACAGGGAGCUGCUGUGUUGGGGGAAUGAUUGAAAGCAGUGCAGUGAGGUGUCUGGGUACCUGAGGAUGUAAUGGAGAUUGAUGAUUUCAGCAUUUUAAAAGCUUAAAG